ACGAUUUUGCGUGCAACGAUCGAGCAGAAUCAUUCUUGACCGUAAACUGCUCAAAUUCUCGCCACGUAAUGAAACAAACCCCUGCCGAAGAAGAAGACCAUUUCGCUUCGAAGCGGAUUAUGAAGUGAAGCCGUUGCGGGAGCAGAAUUCAGGGCCGAAAAUUAUUACGCAGCCAAGGUUUUGCGAAGAGAAGAUGGAUCGGUAUCAGAGGGUGCUGAAGCCCAGGGAAGUUUCGCCUUCUAAGGAGAAUGAAAUUCGUAUAACUUCUAUGGGAAGGAUGCGCGGUUAUAUCACUUAUGCCACUAACUUGCUUCUGGACAAAGAUUCGAAUAAAAUUGUCAUCAAGGCAAUGGGGAGAGCUAUUAAUAAGACUGUCUUGAUUGUGGAGCUAAUUAAGAGAAGGGUUGCUGGUCUUCAUCAAGAUACUAAAAUAGGAUCCACAUUCAUUACUGAUUCAUGGGUGCCUUUAGAGGAAGGCCUACUUCCACUGGAAACUACUAGGCUUGUGUCAGUAAUCGCGAUUACACUCUCUAAGCAAGAACUUGAUAGGUCUUCUGUUGGAUACCAAUCUACUUUAUCUGAAGAUCAGGUGAAAUUAUACGCUAAAUAUGACAGCGAGAGAGAGAGUUAUCCUGCUCGUCGAGGUAGAGGCCGUGGCAAUCUCAGCAGAGGCAAGAGCAGAGGAAAUGGACCUUCUAUGGUAGAUUCCGGGGAUGGAGGUGAAGGCAACAGGAGGCGCGGAUAUGGCAGGGGUGGUUCCGGCCGCCGCAGAGGCCGUGGCAACGGAGGCUCUGGCGGCCCCUCAAACAAUCAGCAGGAAGCUCCUGCAGAUAUAAAGGGUCGAGAUCCGCAACAGGGCGGAGGGCCGAUCAGUGCAGGUGAAGGUGCUGGUGAAGCUUAAUCAAUCGCCAGUGACUUGUAAAGUUUUUCUUCUUUAUUUGGGAUCUUUUAACGGCAUUCUGCAUAAGAUGUCAGGCUAACAACCCCUGGCAAGGAGCUUUUAAGACUCUUUUGGACGACUAGUUAGCCGUCUUGCUUUUUUUUUUUCUUUUUUGUUUUUGUUUGUCCUGCUUUGAUAAAGAACAGCAAGCAGCUCAUUCUUUUAUUUAUUUUCUAAGUUUUUGCUCCGAA